ACAGUUGAGGUGAUUGAAUUCCAGUUUGAGGUCCAAGAAGAAGGCCCAACCGUGGUUUUGAUUAUAGAGAUAGUGAUACCUUCUGUAGUCCCCGUCCUAAAAGUUCUCCCGAAGUCUCGACAACCAAGACCUACCGUAACUGAAGAAUUCGACGCUUACUAUGACGAAUCUGCAGAAGAACCCCUUGAAAGUAUUGCCUUCGGCUCUAAGAAAGAAGAACGAGAAACCGAAUUGGAAGUUCUUCUUCAAAAGCUCAUCGCUGAAUGUGAAGCUGCGACAAAGAAAGAAGCUGAAGAAAAAAAUAAUGACUUAUCUAAUGAUCGCAUAAAGGUUGCUAGAAUAGGAGGCGCCGAAGAAACAUACCCAGAAGAAACUAAAGAAGAAAAAAGAGAAAAGUAUGAGGAAAACGUACCUGCGAGAAUCAGAAAAAUCGUAGGUGAAACCGAAGAUGAAGACGAUGACAACGAAGCUGACGAAGAUGAAGAAGAUAACGAUGAUGACGAUGAGAAGAUUGUAGAUGAAGAAAAUGAUGAAAAAAAAGAAGACGUAGAAGAACUUACCAAAAAAAAAGAUGGCAAUUUGAAAGAACAAUUCGAUCCUGGUGGGUUUGACCAAAGCGGAAUAAUAGUGGAAAAGGAUUUGGAAAAAGCUAAUGAAAAGUGGAAGAAAAAAGUUAGAGUAUUUUUAGGCAAGAACAAGGGUGAUUUCGAUGAAAAUAAGAGGGAAGAAUUUGUACCACCUCGAGUUCCGACAUUCAACGCUGCCCUGAAAGAAAAGGAAGGCACAAGGCUAAAGAGGUUAAGAAACAGCCAAUGCAUGUCUAGAAACCUGACGAAAAAACUUGCCCUAUACUUACCACAGUGGAAUAAAACUCAAGGAGUUACCAAAAAGACGAAAGUGAUGAAGCGAAAAAGCCAGGAGCCAAAUCAUAGAUCGAGAUCGAAGGGUAGAAAAAGAGAUAAAAAGAUUAGAAGUUUAAUCAUGUUGGAUGAAAUCGUCAAUAACAUCACUCGGUCUGAACCUAUUGAAAUAACCCCGAUGCCGCCACCCUACAAUGACUCACAUGAUCUGCCGAACUGGGAAUGA